AUGGUGAAAAUGUUUGAUUCUUCUUCAUCUUCUCCAUUUGAAGCUUUUCUUUUCACCUUCAAUUUCUCCACCAUUCUCAACAAUGUCUGUACAUGGCUUGCACUUAUAACAGCCACCUUCACUUUCCGGCGAAUCAGAUCUUCCUCCUCCACCACCGCCGGGAAACUAUUCUCCACUCCGGCCAACGAUCAAAACAACCGGCCGGAUCCUCUGCCGGAUUCUCAUCUGCCAUCGGCCGCCGUAGUUCCCAGUUGGUUGUCUGCAGAGACGUCGGAAAGUUCGACAAUGGGGAAGUUUAAGGAAUACUAUGAUAGAGAUGCUAACGAGGAUGAUGACGUAUGUGUCGGAGAAAUGAUUACGUCAUGUUGCCGGAGAUUUGACGUCUUUAGGUUUCCGGUCGAAUGUGAGAAAAUGUUGAGGUUGAGGAUGAUGGAAUUGAGUUGGUAUGAUUUUCAGGAUUUAACGGUUAUUGAUGGUAACGUCGUUAAGUUUUGGACGGCAGGGGACUUACACCGUUAA